CUAAUCAGUACUGGAUAGCAAAAGGACUUUGCUGUCCCUUUGGCUGCUCAUAUAUGUUGAAGAAGAGUAGGAAAGAACUCCUGAGAAGCUGAGGAAGUCACAAUUUCAAAAUUAAGCUGGGUUAUAAAAUACAUCACUGUGGAUCAAAUAAGCAAAGGGGGCUUUAACUGCCCUGAAUGUGACAGCCCUCAAAAUGGAUCAAACAAAUUCUGCAGUAACUGUGGGAAGAAGUUGGUUCCUUUCUCCGACACACAAUAAUGCUUUUACCGAAUGGGGAAAGGAAGAAGAAACAACAAGUCUAAUAGAAGGAUCUGACAUGAAGGAAAAUUUAGAACCAAGGACUACAGUGGACAAAACACAAACUGGCCAUGUGCUUGGCGAUCCCACAAAGAGAGAGGCUGGAAUAGCAUCUGAGAGGCAGAUGUCUCCAGUUGUCUUCAUUCUGAUCCGCCUGCUCACUCACUUGGCACUGCUUUUAGGAGCAACAAGAGAUCCCCAGUCCCUUCUGAAUAUCAUAAAGCCACGUGUUCAAGAUCCAGUGAGCUUUCUCCUGCAGCAUAUUCAUAAGAAUUUGGAGCAACUGAUGAACUGGCCAGUGAGCUUUGGUCAACUUUCUACAAAUGAGAAUAGAAAAAAAUGGGAAAAUUUUGUUGCUGACACCAUUAUUCUUCCUGAACUGAAGCUUUUGGACAAAACCCUUCUGAAAUUGAACCAACAAAUCAGUGAGGAUGAGAGAAUUUCUUCCAACCCUGUAGUAAAAAUUAUAUAUGGGGACCCUACAAUUUUCCUGUCAAGACUGCCCAAGGACAGUAUAGUGCAUUGUUCUAGGACUUGGAGCUGCAGAAAGAGAAUCUCACUUGAGUACUUGGGGCAUGUUGUCCAGCAAAAAGGCAACAAGGAUGCUGUGCCCAUCUUGUGGAAGUUUCUACAGAAGGAAGCUGAACUUAGGUUUGUAAAGUUUUUGCCAGAGAUUCUGACCUUGCAGAAGGACUUGGUGAAGAGGUUCCAAAACAUUUCAGAGUUAGAACACAAGACAAUUGGAGAUUUUCUUCACAGCCUUCCCACAGGAGGCAUGAGACAUACAAUGAGAAGCAGAGUGAUAACAUUUCUGGAUGUAAGGAAUAAGCUGAGAUCAUCUUUGGAAACCAACGGUGAAAUUAAACUUCCUGAGGGCUACUGUGAUGCUGACCUGACUUUGGAGAAAGAGUUUGAGAUCCUUCUGCCUCGCCAGCGAGGUCUAGGCCUAUGUUCCACAGCCUUGACCAGUUACCUCAUUGCCUUGCACAAUGACUUUGUCUACACCAUAGAAAAAUAUACAAACAAUGCCAACAGGUACUCUGUAAACCCCACAGAAGUGACAGAUCUCCAUGUAAUCACAUAUGAGGCAGACAGGGACUUGAUCCCAUUGAUUCUGUCAAACUGUCAGUACAGCAUGGAGAAAGGAGGAGAGGCCACCCAGGAAUUUGAUCUGGAAAAGAUCCAGCAGCAGGUCACCAGCCGAUUCCUACAGGGGAAGCCCUUGAUCACAUUGACAGGCAUUCCCACUCUUGUGUACAGGCAUGACCGAAAUUAUGAGCAUCUCUUCAAAGAUAUCAAGAGCAAGUUGACUCAGAGCUGCCUUCCAAAUUCCACAAUUAGCAUGAUCAGUGGGGAGUUGCAAUCCUACAGUGACAUCUGUGAAGCUCUGUCUGUCACUGAAAUAACAUUAGGAUUCUUGGCCAUGGCUGGAGGUGACCCAGAGAUGACUUUGAGAGAAUAUGUUGAAAACACACUGCAGAUGGGCAGUCAGACAAGUGUUCAUGUGCUCAAGGCAUUGAGUCGAUGUCACCUGAAGCACAUCAUUGCACUGUGGCAGCUCCUCUCUAACCAUAAAUCUGAACAGCUGCUGUACCUGAAAAGGGAUCCCUUUGCAGAGAUCAGCACACCCUACAAAGAUGAGCUUACCUCAGAGCAUGUAAAACUCCUCAAUGCCUUCCUCAGCCAGGUUGGGCUGGAAUCCUUCCUCCAAGAGUUGCAUGAAAUGAUCAUCCUGAUGCUGAAACAUGCCAAGGAUGAGGAUGAGUUCAAUCCCAAAUGGAGCCUGAAGGAUACACUGAUUGUAUACCUGGAAAGGAAAGAGACCAGCACCUUCUUGGAGGAGUUAGAUGCUUUCCCAGAAGAGAUCCAGCUCUCUCAAUGUGUUGCUGCCUGGAAAGUGGCUGCUACUCUUAAAUGAGAUCAAAGACUUGGUUAG